AUGCUUGACCAUGUUACGCUCGUUGAUUUAUUCUCGCUCCGACUCGUUAGCCGUCAGAUAUCGGAGGUGAUUGCUUCUCACACCAACGCCAUCGCCCCAGCCGUCGCUUCAAACGUCUUUCCGCAAGCGAAGCGCAUGCUACAAGUGGCACCUGAACAACCUCUCGACUUUACCUGGCUGAAGUCACUGGUGCCUAAGUAUCUAGCAGCGGUUAUGUUGGACAGAUAUAUUCUGUCCUCACACUAUACUGGUAGGACACGCUGCAUCCCCGCAGAGAGCGACAUUGGAGAUGUCUUGAGAGAAGGAUUGGUGCGAGGUAUCCGAGUCUGGAGGAAUCUGUCCAACAUAUCCAAAGACAUAUACGCACUCCCUGAUGAGAUUGUUUUCCGAAAGACAUCUGGAAAGAACAUUCUGGAAUUCCUCACCAGCCCGGUGACCACCAUGGCGAAGAAUGUGACGGAACACCGCGAAAACCUCAUCGCGGAACGAAGAAUCGAGUACUUGCAACAGAAGACUCCCGCAGACCUGGCAUAUUUUGCGAUAGCCAUAUUUCUUGUUCAUUCCGCCUUCAGAACCAAGCACGACAAAGUUACAAGUUGUAUAUACGCGAGCAAAGAGAGCAUGUACCAUGGCCCAGACGACUUUGACUGGUUUGUGAAAGACUGGCAACCAAAUCCGGAAAACAGAAUUCUAGAAGAGGGUAACUCAUGGGCGAAUUGGGCUAUUCUACACGAAGGGCCAUGGCUGUUCUACCAGCAAUGGUCUCCCGAGAACUCGACAUCACCGCAUCUUGCAAGGGAUAAAAUGCUCAGUAUGUGGCGGGAACAAAGGCCGGAAGAUGCGAAGAUACGGCGAAAUGCGGUCAUCAGUCUCCGAGACGAGUUCUUCAAGGAUGGCUUCCAUCGUCCAAGCGAUCAUAAAUUCGACGAGCCGCUUGAGCGUUAUGCAAAGGUGGAUGCAGGAGAGUUAAGUAGGUGCCGGGGUAAGGAGCCUUUGCCACAUAUCUGGAUGGAUGACGUGCCGUACUUCAUCAACUUUCAGGAUGACACACAACCUAGGCGUCGGCAACACGUGCACUCGGUGUUGGAACGUCCGUUUGAUUAG